UAUACAAUUGUUAUUACCUCCCCACUGCGCAUUGCUCAUAAGGAAAGUUAGUUUGGUGUAAGUGUAGCUACGGUGAUUCACGCACAUUUGUUGAUCAGUUAGGAAUAAGCAAAGACAACAAUUACCUUUGGAAUAAGAAAGUUCCAAGAAACCUCCAUGGAUUGGCGUGCAUGAAGAUAGCCAGUACAAAGAAAAUGAACACAGGAAACUUGUUUUGCUGUAACUGCUUACAACUCGUUUCACCUCCGAUCAAGCAGUGUUCCAACAAACACUCCAUCUGUGGAAAAUGUCAACCCAAAGGCGAAACCUCCAUCUGUCCGAAAUGCGCCAACCGAUUAUACGCCGUAUCCUAUGACGAGUUGGAAAAAGUCAUCGCGCAGCUAAACAAAGAAAAAGUUACCUUUCCCUGCGCCUACGAAAGUAAGGGUUGCUCUUACAAGAUCGAGCAGGCUCAGAAACUGUUACACGAAUCGGAGUGUAAAUUUCGCUCGUUCCAGUGCGAAGGGAAAAAGUACUGCGGAUGGAAAUGCGACUGGGUUGGGAAAUAUGAUCAACUCCUCGACCACUUCAGGAAUCAUCACGACUGCGGUAUGAACUACAAGGUGGACCGCGCGCUGAAAAUUAACUUCGCGGUGGAUUCGACGAGCUUGGAACCAAUAGACUAUUACGACGGAUGCGCCCUCUUCUGGUACAAGCAAAAAGUGGACGUUUCACUCCAAAUGGUUUAUUGGGUAAUACAAUACGUUGGCUUGCAAAAGGACGCGUGCCAGUACUUUUACGAGUUCGAAAUCCACGACGGUCCAAUACGGAAAAUAAAGAUAACGGAAUUUUGCGAAAGCGACAGCAUGGACGCGAAUUCGAUCUUAAAAUCUGGGCAAUGCGUCGCCCUGCCAUUCUCCGCCGUUAAAAGCUUUCUGAGCGUCGAGGGAUAUUUAUAUUUUCGUUUUCGGGUUAUGAAAGUCAAAAAGCCGUCCACGGCAAAUAACGAUGAAGAGAAUGCCGAAUUGAAAAACUUAGUCGCGCAGAUGAGAAUAAACUGUCCUCCCAUGCAUCCCAGACGUACAAAUCAUGAUGCUCAAAAUUGUCCUCAGAAAAAUCCGUUUGGAAAGAAGCGCUCAAAUAAGUGAAGACCAAGCGCUGGGGAUUGCAAAUGUUUGCUCCGGAGUCCAUUUCUACCCUUGAGAUUUUUGUAUUUUUCUACAUAUUUUAAGUUAAUAAAUUGUUGCUAUAUUUCAAUAUAGUUAUAGUCAGAGA